AUGGUUACCCGCAAACCGGUCCCCGACGAUGCCUCUGUAGACACGAACGCCGUUGCGCGGGUGCAAGAUAUGCGAAAGGAGCUUUGGGGUGCUGGCGAUUCUCCCUCGGACACCGACAGCGUAUGGGAUGAUGCUGCACAGCAGAAAGGCGCCGCUGCGCUGAAUCAACAGCCCCCACACCAGGACAUCCCAAGAUCGCUGACGCCUGGCGGCGGCCGCACCGUGUCCAACGGCCAAGAGGCAAGCAGUGACAUUUGGAACGACGUGAACGGCGACCGAUCCCAGAUCACCCCCGACCCGACGAAUGAUGCUUCCAAUGUCCCGUUGGCGCUUCGACCUGGUCCUCCGCAAGGACCUCCACCAUCGAGAUCCGACACGAAUCCCUUCAAGAGAAAAGAAGUGCGGCCGGGCUCUGGCCCGACAUCACCACCAGUGAAGAGUCCCUCGACGAUGGUCCCCGCACAGCCUCUCUCGCAAAUGAGCACUGGUGAGAUCAGCAAUAAUCCAUGGCAGCCGGCGCUGGAUCAACAUGCCCUGCAGCUCGACCAUGAUGCUGUCACCUCCAGCCCACAGCAGCCGCUCCGUGCCCAACCUAGCUCCGACGCCGAGCAAGAUGCGUGGUCGGUAUCUCAAGACUCGAGACUGCCGCCAAUUUCAACAUCUCCAGCACUUGUGUCCCUGCCCUCCGAGCCCGCGUCGCCGGCAUGGGACGACCUACCGGAGAACCAAACCAAGCAACCAACAACGCAACCAGCACUACCACCGAAAUUAGUACCUGAUGAAAUUACGGAACAACAGAACGCUUGGGAUGACCUUGGCUCACAGAACAAGGGCAAAGGAAAGGCUCCCGCACCCGUUGCCACCCCAGCAACCCUAGACGACGGACCCAUUGAUGAUUGGAACCUGAUUGACCACGAGGCGCCAGCGGCUGCUCCUGCUUCCAGUAAACCGACAGAGACCGGGUCAAAAGCGAACGAGCGACUGAUUGAUACGGAUGAACCAUCUCCUGAGGAAAAGGAACCCCCAGCGCUUCCUCCCAGAACCGACGAAGAACAGCCGCCCCGCCAGCCCCCUCGCCCUGUCGACGGGAAAACCGAAACGUACCAGAUAAAGAAUAUUAGAUGGUACGAUCACAACGCCGAGAAGAACCCCCGAACGUCACCCAUCCUCGUACAGAACGCCAACGGGCCUUGCCCGCUCGUAGCUUUAGUUAAUGCCCUGACCCUCACGACUCCGGCGUCAAUACCUGACACCGCCCUUGUGCAGGUACUUCGCUCGCGGGAACAGAUCAGCCUGGGCUACCUGCUGGAUGCCGUCUUUGACGAGCUGAUGUCGCCGAGACGCACCCACGAGGACACUUCUCUGCCCGAUGUCUCGCAACUUUAUGACUUCCUCAAAGGCCUCCACACGGGAAUGAAUGUGAACCCCCGCUUCAUUCCCACGCCUGAAAUCGUCAAGGCUUUCAAGCGCACGUCUCUCACUCAUUUGCACCCUACCGAGCGCGACGAUCUGAUUCCGGGCACUUUCGAGGACACUACCGAAAUGUCACUUUAUGCUGCUUUUGCUAUUCCGCUUAUCCACGGGUGGCUGCCACCCAAGUCCGACCCCGCGUACGGGGCGUUCGAACGCCAGGCGGCUUCUUUCGAGGAUGUGCAGGGGCUUUUGUUCCGCGACGAGGAGCUCCAGGAGAAGCUUGGUUCCUUGACUGAGGAGGAGGAGCAGAUAUACUCGGACAUCCAGCACAUCAAGGCAUUCCUAGACUCAUCCGCAACCCAAUUGACGCCGUGUGGAUUGGAGGUCAUUACUAAAGCCAUGAAGCCCGGCUCGGUCGCUAUUCUCUUCCGCAAUGAUCACUUUUCCACUCUGUAUCGGCACCCGUCGACCCAGGAAUUGCUCGUGCUUGUAACCGACGCAGGCUAUGCGACGCAUGAUGAAAUUGUGUGGGAAUCACUUGCCGACGUAAACGGUGAGCGCACUGAAUAUUACUCAGGCGACUACCGUAUCGUCGGCGGCCAACAGGCGCAAGGCAACUCUCGCGGACAGCAAAGCGGAGGACAGCACAACCAGAGAAGACCUACGGUCAACACCAACAACAGCAGCGGAGGCGAUUGGACAACUGUGCAGAGCCGAGGGCGGCGCAAUAACACCGAAGCCUCGCACACCGAUGAAACCCCACUAUCGCCGUAUCACGAGCAAGAAGAUAGGGAUCUUGCACUGGCGCUCCAGCUACAAGAGGAAGAAGAGCAACGGCAUCGGGCAGAGCAAGCGGCCCGCAGGCGAGAGAGCAUGCUUAGCGAGCAGUUUAUUGAGCAACAGGCCCGCGUCCAACAAGGGCCCACGACGAGGCGGGCCGCUACUAGGGCGGCGGCGAGAAACAGCACGACCAAUGUGACCCGAAGCUCGAGCAACGCCACGCCGUCACCGCAAGAAACCCGGCGGAACUCGAACAGCAAUGUUUCGGUACCACCAACAUCGGGCCGUCAGCCAGGCCAGCCGCCACAGAUGGUGCGGCCGCUUGUGCCGCCCAUAGUUCCCGCGCGCAGACAAGGAGUAAACCGCCCCGCUGACGAAGGUAUGGACGACGCGCCCCCGACGUAUGAGCAGGCUCAGGCCGCCGCCAAGUAUGAACCGCCUCCCGGACACCCGCACCAUCACGCGAGCACCCCAGUCUCCGGACGGCAACGAAACGGUGGUGCUGGGCCGUCAUACCCGCUUUCUCCAUCGCGGCCGAUGAUGGGCAGCGGUCGGGGUCGGGUUAUGGGCCCAGGAGGUGUGGUUGGAAGCUCAUCAGGAGGCAGAGAAAGGGAUUGCAUCGUCAUGUGA